AGGAGCCCAAGUUCAACGAAAGUGGAACUCCAUACGACUUCAAGCAACUCCGUCCUGAAACGGUUCGCCAGCGGAUUCAGCAGCUGAGGACAGACACGGAAAAGCUGAAAAAGAAUAUCAACAGUUCCGCUGCUGCUUUGCUUGAAAAGACGGAGGCCGAACUGCAAACUCUCCUAAAGCGCAAGGCGCAGGUGGAAGCAGAUAGGGAGAAGAUCCGGGAGGUGAUCGUUUCUCUUGAUGAGAAAAAACAAAACUCACUGAAGAACACUUGGCGGCUUGUUGAUGCGAACUUUUCAGCCAUCUUCGAGCAGCUGCUCCCUAACGCACAGGCUAAACUUGUGCAAGCGGACGAAAAGGAUUUAAUGAAGGGUCUGGAAAUGAAGAUUGCGUUUCACCACAAGUGGAAGGAAUCGCUUUCGGAGCUGUCUGGCGGUCAGCGUUCACUUUUGGCUCUUUCCCUGAUUUUGGCUCUGCUCAAAUUUAAACCUGCUCCAGUGUACAUUCUCGACGAAGUCGAUGCAGCGCUGGAUCUUUCCCACACCCAAAAUAUCGGUAGCAUGAUUAAAACGCAGUUUCCUUCAUCGCAGUUUAUUAUCGUCUCCUUAAAAGAAGGAAUGUUCUCCAAUGCUGAUGUUUUGUUCAGAACUCGACUUGUCGACGGCACGUCAGGGGUAGAGAGGCAUGCGUUGGCUGAGAGGCAGCAGCAGCAGCAGCAAAAGCAUUAUCUCCCCUCGUCGUCCACCAUAUCUUCCAGAAAAAGGACCAGAAAAACAGCAGCAGCAGCACCAGAAGGAAGCGACAGCGAUGCUCCCAAGUGA